GUUGUGCUGUCAGCGAAGGGCAUUUUCUAGCCACCCAACUCGCUAUGGCUGGUUUCCAAAGUUGCGCAGGCCCUUCGUUAUCCCCCGCAAUCGGUCCAAAUCCAACGCAAUCCUCUUAUAUGAGCUUCGCACCGUCGCGUCACGUUGGCUUCUCAAUUCCGAACUGACUUUGCUCUGCUUCUUCUCUCUUCCAGUUUGUGACCUGUUGGAUUCUUGGUGAAACCUGGGAAUUCGAUCGGUUGUGGAGUAGUAAUGGCAGCUAUGGCGGCCAUGGCGAGCUCGUCCGCGGUCAUGGCAGUGGUUCCUGUUGGAAUCAGGUCUACUGGAUUGAGGAGUUCGCAGGUGGUGAACAUCGGGCCUGUUGGAAAGAGAGCCGCGAUCGAGCGAGUGGCUAGGAAGGCCAUUGAGGUCCGCGCCGGUGUGGCAUCGUUGUCGGAGCUCGAGAGGAGUGUGAAGCAGGCGAUCCGGAGUGUCAAGGAUGCUGCGUCGCAGAGCGCUUUAAUGAAGCAGGCCUCGUUCUUGGCAAUCAAUGUGCUUAUGGUGUUGCCCGCCCUGGCCGAGGAGGUCGAGAAGGAGCCCAAGGGUAAGAUCUUUGACUUCAACUUGACGCUCCCGAUCAUUGCCGUCCAGUUCUUGCUCCUCAUGGUUGCCCUCGACAACAUCUGGUUCAAGCCCGUGGCUAAGGUCAUGGAUUCGCGUGAUGAGGCUAUCCGGUCGAAGCUCAUGGGAGUACGCGACAACUCUGGAGAAAUUAAGAAUCUGCAGAAUGAAGCCGAGGCGAUCUUGAAGGCCGCUCGCAUUGAGACCACUGAGGCUUUGGCCAAGACAAAGAGGGAGACUGCUGCUAUGUUGGACGAGAAGCUUCAGGAAUCUCGAAACAGGAUUGAGAAGGAGCUAGCUCAGUCCCUUGCUAACUUGGACGAGCAGAAGGAGGAAACCCUCCGUAGCUUGGACCAGCAGGUACAAGCCCUGAGUGAUGAAAUCCUCAGCAAGGUCUUACCAUUCAAGGUGUAAUUUCCCCAAGGUGUAGCAUAGCAUUUUGAAAAGGGUGUGGGAAUAUUGCACCUCCUACUGUAGCAUUAUUCAUGAUCAAUCAAGAGAAUUCGACGACAAAUCUCGUGUUUCUCGUUCACUUCCUACUCUUUGAUUCACGUUGGGGGAGUCGCAUGAAACAGCCAUUCAGAGAUACCGUUUUCAGUUCUGUACUCUACUUCAAAUUUCAUGUUAAUGUGAAGAUACAUUAACGGAAUUUCUAUCGUAUAUCGGAGGCUUUUUUUUCUCUGCA